ACCGCGGCGCGGGACUGCAUCUCUGUCUGCGCUGAGCCGGGCGCCUGUGGCUGGCACCGGCGGGGCGCUGAGCUCACGGCCGCCGUCUCUUCAGCUCCUCCUUUCGACCCCGCGACUAUUUCAGAAGAUGUCUUCCAGAAGUCCCAAAGAUUUAAUUAAAAGUAAGUGGGGCUCAAAGCCUAGUACCUCCAAAUCAGAAACUGCACUAGAGAGGUUUAAAGGAGAGAUUGCAGCCUUGAAAACAUCAGUGGAUGAGAUCACAAGUGGAAAAGGAAAACUGAAUGAUAAAGAUAGACACAGACUUUUGGAGAAAAUUCGAGGCCUUGAAGCUGAGAGAGAGAAGAAUGCUUAUCACCUCACAGAGAAGGACAAAGAAAUACAGCGACUCAGAGACCAGCUGAAGUCCAGAUACAGUACCACUGCAUUGCUUGAACAGCUGGAAGAGAAAACAAAGGAAGGUGAAAGGAGAGAGCAGUUGUUGAAAUCCUUAUCUGAAGAGACAGAUGUUUUGAAGAAGCAGUUGUCUGCUACAACAGCAAGACUUGCUGAACUUGAAAGCAAAGCCAGUACACUUCGUUUAUCCCAGACUAUGGCUGCAAGCUGUUUUAAUUCUUCAAUGAGUAAUAUUCAUGAAAUGGAAGUACAGCUACAAGAUGCUUUGGAGAAAAAUCAGCAGUGGCUUGUAUAUGAUCAGCAGCGCGAGGUCUAUGUCAAAGGACUUUUAGCAAAGAUCUUUGAAUUGGAAAAGAAAACGGAAACAGCUGCUCAUUCACUCCCACAGCAGACAAAAAAGACUGAAUCAGAAGGUUAUCUUCAAGAGGAGAAGCAAAAAUAUUAUAGCCAUCUCUUAGCAAAUGCAAGAAAAGAUCUUGAAGUUGAACGACAAACCAUAACUCAGUUAAGUUUAGAGCUUAGUGAAUUUCGAAGAAAAUAUGAAGAAACUCAAAAAGAAGUUCAAGAAUUAAAUCAGCUGUUGUGUACACAGAGAAAGGCAGAUGUCCAACAUCUGGAAGAUGAUAGACAUAAAACAGAGAAAAUACAAAGACUCAAGGAAGAGAAUGACAUUGCAAGGGAAAAGCUUGAAGAAGAGAAGAAGAGAUCUGAAGAACUCUUAUCUCAGGUCCAGUUCCUUUAUACAUCUCUGCUAAAACAGCAAGAGGAACAAACACGGGUAGCUCUGCUGGAACAACAGAUGCAGGCAUGUACUCUAGACUUUGAAAAUGAAAAACUUGAUCGUCAAAAUAUGCAGCAUCAGUUGCAUGUAAUUCUUAAGGAGCUCCGAAAAGCAAGAAAUCAAAUAACACAGUUGGAAUCCUUGAAGCAGCUCCAUGAGAUUGCCUUCACAGAGCCAUUAGUUGCUUUCCAAGGAGAGACUGAAAAUAGAGCAAAAGUUGCCUCACCCAAGAGUCCAACUGCUGCGCUCAACGAGAGCCUGGUAGAGUGUCCCAAGUGCAAUGUUCAGUAUCCGGCCACAGAGCACCGCGACCUGCUUGUUCAUGUUGAGUACUGUUCAAAGUAGCAAAAUGAUGCUUCUCUGUGCCAGAAAUACAAAAUAUUGUACCUGAUGUUGGCUUAAGGACACUCGGAAUUACGUAUCUCACCUCUUGGAUGAGAAACUGCCUGUCUGCCUUUGGCAUACUGGCAUUCGAGUGAAGCAUUGUGGGUUUUUUCUUUGGGCUGCUUUGCUUUUUCCUGGCAGUGAUACCUCCCUGAAGUGGUUCCUCUUCGGGCCGUGAUGACAGAAUGUGAGUAGUGUGUCCUAAGACUUCUGAUGUUUUGCACUGUUAAAGUACUUGAUGAAGAAAAAGUUAGUUCAGCUUAUUGCUUGUGGCUUAAAUCUGUUGCACCAGAAGGAAAAUAUUUUAUGUUUUGUGCGUCUUAAAAAGUCAAAGCUAAUUAACCCAGGUUCUUACUGUGUUAGCAUUUUUAAUCCAAGCACUUAGUAGUAAAUCUGCAGUUCUGAUUUUGAUGUCCUCUGUUAAAAGGAAGUGAUACUGUUUUCAUUUUGUUUUCCUUACAGUUGUAGAACGGUUAUUAGAAAAGAUGGAAAUUUCCUUGAUCUUUGUUGCUGCUUGCUGUUGAAACUGUAAACCCAACUGUGUUCUAAGACAAAGAAGAUACUGUUUAGGAAUGCUCUUAAGUAGCCACACACAAUGUUUUCUUGCAUGUUACCUGGCUGUAACUUUAACUUGAAUUUCAUUAGAACAGGUUGGUUAGCUAAAAUUGUUAAAAUGAGUUUUAACAAAGCCAUCUAGCCUUUUCAUUUGAUUUGCAGGUAUUUUAUUUAUUAUCAUUUUGGCACUCUUAAAGCUGGGUGGUGUAAUUACCAGAUAUUUAUCUGAAUAGAUAUUUUUAUACAUGCUGUGUAAACCAAAAUUUUUUUAUUCCUUCAGGUUUUCUAA